CGAUCUCCUUGCUAAUGUCGACGCAUCAGUAACUGAGCGAACGCUGGCUACGAAACCUUUUUCUCAAAAUGAGAAUACCGCUAAAACAAGCAACUAUUGUAUAUUGUGACAAUGUGAGUGCUGUCUCCCUCUACCAAUCCUGUUCAGCACCAACGAACCAAGCACUUAGCAAUAGACAUCCACUUUGUGCGUGAGAAAGUUCGUAUGGGAGAGGUGCGAGUCUUUCACAUUCCGUUGACACUACAGCACAGACAUCUUCACCAAAGGUCUUCCUUCUUCCUUGUUCACAAGCUUCAGGUCCAGUCUUGGUGUCGGAGAACCAACGCUCCAACUGCGGGAGGGUAUUAGAUGAGAUAACUUUCUGCGUAUAGUUAAGAUAUUCUCCUCUUGUAUUCACGUUAGAUACGAGAGUAUAUCCUGUGAUCUCUCAAAAACUUUGUACUAUAUAUUGUGAAGAGUAUACAACGUACAUUUCAAGUGAAACAUAUUCACUUUCAAUCUAGACUUAGGGUUUAGAGUUGAAAGGUGAGGCUAGGAUUUUUGGAAUGUGAAAUUUAGUAUUCUAAUAAAUAUAUAAAUAAAUACUUAAAAAAUAAAAAAAAUAGUUUCAAACAUAAUUUUUGAUUUUCAAAAAAUAAAUUUUGAAAAAAAUAAAAAAACAAAAUUUAUAAAAAGUUGAAAUCAGAAAAUUAUAAAUCAAAAACAUAAAAAAUGUUCUUUUAUUUUUUAUUUAAAUAAUUAUUUAUUAUAUAUAGAGAGAACAAAGGUAUAAAAGUUUUUUGCCACUUAACGAAGAAGAUAUUUUUGAAAAUUUUCUUUUAGUGGUGAUAAAGAUGAAUAAUGAUACCAUGAAAGUGAUAAACAUGAAAAUUCCUAUUUUAUAUGGUAUAUAAGUAAAUUUAAAUGAUAUUAAUUUAGAAAUAUAGUAUACUUUUAAAUAUGACUAAUUAUUAAAUGAGGUUUCAUACUCAUAUUGUAUUGAGUCAUGUGGUUUUAUGAUAUUUGUAGGGAAAAUUACCAAAAAUGAGAUUUUAAAUGAAUCCUACCAAAACAAAAAAAAAACACAUUUUCUUGCCAAAACCACAAAACGCAUUUUCCCACCAAAACCACAAAAAUGCAUUUCGCGCCAAAAUCGCAAAACCAUAUUUUUCCGCCAAAAUUACAAAAACACAUUUUCCCGCUAAAAUCAUAAAAACACAUUGUCCUGCCAAAACCGUGAAACAUAUUUUUCGCCAAAACCGUAAAACACAUUUUCCCCUCAUCACAAAAACGCAUUUACGUCAAAACCGUAAAAAUAUAUUUUCCAGGAAUUUCAUUUUCCGGCAAAAAAAUGGCAAACACAUUUUCCACCUAAACUGUAAAACGUAUUUUUCCGCCAAACCAUAAAAUUCAUUUUCCCGCCAAACCGUAAAAAUACAUUUUUCUCGCCAAAAUUUAAAAUCAUAAAACAUAUUUUUCUGCCAAAACCAUGAAAACAUAUUUUUCCGCCAAAACCGUGAAAACAUUUUUCCGCCAAAUCAACCAAAAUGCGUUUUCUCUCAAAAUCGCAAAAUCAUUUUCUUACCAAAACCGUAAUAACAUACUUUCUUGCCGAAAAAAAUAUAUAAGUAAUUUGUUUAUUAAAAUCAUCUACAUUAAAUUGAAAUGAGAAAAAUAGAAAUGAGCAAACGAACAUAAAUUCUAUUAAAUGAUACAUCUAGAUGAACCGAGAAAUGAACAGUCUCGAACAAUAUGCAGAUGGAUCAUUUGGAAAGAUCAUUUAGAUGGAGAUGAGAGAUGUACAAACAAACAGGCAUCUGCUAAGUAUUGCUGGAGUUCAAAUCUUCUUCUUUUUUUGGGGAGUUCAAAUCUAAUAUUAAGAAAUUUCCCUAAGAUGACAAAAAUUCUUCGACCUAUAUUUUUACACACUGAAGGAAGACUGAAGAAGGAAAUGCAAAGAAGAGGUUGAAACAAACGGUGCUUCCAAUCGCAAAGCCAUGGGAGCAUAUCGACCAUGUUAUUAUGAACCUUGCAGCUUCUGCCUUGCAGUUUCUCGGUAUUCUACCAAUGCUUCUAACCUUUUUUUUUUCUUUUCCAAUUUUGUGACUAUAGUCUUGUGUUCUUUCAAGGCAUUCACGUAAGUAUGCAGUCCAUCCAUUGUUACAUUACAUGUUGAUUAUGUUUUAGUGUGAGAAGAGAGUUUAUCAAUUCCAAUGUGACAUCAGCAAAUUAAUUAGGAGUAGGAUCAUUAAAAACAGGAGAUGCAUCAUGCAUUAAGGCUUUGUUUGACUAGCAGAGAUCUGGUAGCAUUUUUCUGCAUGCCUCGGUAUCUAAACUACAACUUUUUGUGAUAUGGUUUAAGGAAGCUGAAAGUGCUUUGAAGUUUUUCUGCAUGCCUCGGUAUCCUCUUGCUGGUCUCUUUACAAGAUGGAUUUAGCUGGAAACAUCAUUGCAGGUGGUGUUCCUGAGGAACUAGCAAAGCUUCCACAUCUGAAAGUCUUGGAUUUAUCAGACAACAACUUGGCUGGUUCCAUCCCUUCUGACAAAGUGUUUAGAUCAAUGGGGAAAGAGGCAUAUGAAGGGAAUGCAAACUUGUGUGGACUUCCUUUGACUGCUUACAGCUCGAGGAAGCUUGUGUCUGUUCUGGUAGGGCUUGUCUAGUUUCCUUUGUAAUAAUAGUAGCUGGAACCUUGGGGUUGUACUAUGUUCGUCAUAGAAGUUCGGGGAGGUGGAAUAUGGUGUCUUUCUCUGGUCUCCCUCAUUUCACAGCAGAUGAUGUUUUGAGGAGCUUUGGUUCACCUGAAGAGCCUCCUCAAGUAUCAUCCUCUAUGUGUAAAGCGGUUCUGCCAACAGGAAUCACAGUUACAGUGAGGAAAAUAGAGCUUCAAGGCAAGAAGAGAGGUGUUGUGUUGAAGGUUUUAACGCAGAUGGGGAAUGCAAGACAUAUCAAUCUAGUUAGGUUGCUUGGGUUUUGUUACAACAACCAUCUUGUGUAUGUGUUGUAUGAUAAUAAUAAUCUGCAUACCGGGACUCUGGCUGAGAAGAUGAGGACAAAGAAGAGAGAUUGGGUUACUAAGAAGAGGAUCAUCAGUGGAGUUGCAAAGGGGCUUUGCUUCCUUCACCAUGAAUGUUACCCUGCAAUUCCACAUGGCGAUGUGAAGUCUAGUAACGUUUUGUUUAAUGAUGAUAAUAACACGGAGCCUUGCUUGGGUGAGUUUGGGUUCAAGUACAUGCUACAUUUGAACAAAGGCUUGGUCUCUUCAGAUCAGAUGAACGAUGUGAUACGAGCAGAGCAGCAAAAGGACGUUUACAGCUUUGGAGAGCUUGUUUUGGAGAUCUUAUCAAAUGGUAAGCUGAGGGAUGCAGGUAGAUUGGUACAUAACAAGCCUAAGGAUGUUCUUCUACGAGAAGUGUAUGCAGAAAACGAAAAUGGUUUUGAACAACAAGUUAAAAGAGUCGUUGAGGUUGCACUUCUAUGCAUAUCAAGUAACCAGUGUGACCGUCCCUGUAUGGAAGAUGCACUCAGGUUUUUGUCUGAACCACAUAGUAGUAGUAGGUUGAAAUAGGUGUACUGCAGACAGUGUUGAACUACACAUAGUUUUCCCUUCUAUAUAGUAUUGUACUAAAACAUUAGUUGUGCGACUUUUGUUCGAACCAUAUGUUACAUGAUGAUGCCGUUCUUGUAUUAGUGUGUUUCAGCUUUUAAACCAGAGUUUGAAUAGAAAAUAAUAUUGUUCAAACAACUCUGCAACAAAGUAAUUUAAAGUACUGAAGCAACUUAUUAAAGACAGAUCCAAACCUUAACCGACAACAAA